CGCCAGUAAUGUCAAGAAUCAAGGAUCUACUUUCGGUCGCUUUGCUGCUACUGUCUGCAGGCGGAGCUCUUGGGAAGAACUGUGGCAACUCCCAACACAAAGUUUGUGUGGCGCGAAUUUUGUGCGAAAAUGGAGCUGUCAUCACGGACGGACACACAUUGUUUUCAUACCGUUCAUUGGUAGACGGCAAUGAGGGGUGCGAUACCACCGAAGUCUGCUGCUCCAUCGCAGAUAAGGUGAAUAGCCCCGUGGUUGAGGUAGAUGUUGCCACUCCAACCGAAUGUGGACAUCGAAACGAAAAGGGUCUGCACUACACCAUGACCGAUGCAGCGAAUGUGGCCCAAGUGGGUGAAUUCCCCUGGAUGGUGGCACUGCUACUCAAGGCGGAUAGCACAUAUUUGGGUGCUGGAACACUGAUUCGAUCAGAUGUGGUGUUGACGGCCGCCCAUGUGGUGGCGAAUCUCCAAGCAGGACAGUUGAUCGUCAGAGCCGGCGAAUGGGACUUUAAAAUUGAAACUGAAUUGAAUCGGCAUGUGAAUGUUGAUGUGAGGCUCAUCGAAAGACAUUCGGACUUCCAAGUAACGACGGGAGCGAAUAAUCUGGCACUGCUCUUCCUGACUACACCACUGAAGACUCAGCCCCACAUCUGUCCCGCUUGCCUGCCAACAGCGAACAAGAUCUUCGACCACACCAGAUGCCUUGUCAGCGGCUGGGGCAAGAUGACGUUCGAAUCCAACUCCUACAUGCAUAUAUUGAAGAAAGUCGAGGUGCCCGUGGUGGAUAACGCGCUGUGCCAACAACAACUGAGGCGAUCCAUCCUGGGCAGCAGCUUUGUAUUGAACCCCAGCUUCCUUUGUGCAGGCGGUGAACAGGACAAGGACGCGUGCACGGGCGAUGGCGGAGCCGCAUUAGUCUGUCCUUUGGCCAACGAUAGAGGACGCUAUGAACAGGCUGGCAUUGUCAAUUGGGGCGUUGGCUGUGGAGCGGAGAACAUUCCGGCUAUCUAUACAAAUGUCGCCCUCUUCCGACAAUGGAUUGAUAACAAGAUUGCGGAAAAGUCUACGGUAGUCUGCAACUAAUUGACCAAUUAAUUUGGCUGUAUGAAGUUGAGGUAAGUGGACGGCACACAUCCACCAAGAUCAAAGCGGACUCUAACCUAUCAAACGACUCUAACGAACCAGUAAUGAUUCCUCAUUUCAAUUCUCUGUAAACUCUGUAAGCUUUAUGAAUAAUAAAAUGUUUUCCUCACUGAA